UUUGACCAAAUCAAAAACUACAAACGUUACAUCUGCUAUCUCAUUUUGCGUUACACGUUCGGAGUCAGCUUUCACGUGCAAUUUUCCAACAACGAUGGUGGCGUCGUCGACAGUAACCCUCAAAACGAUACCACCGGUAAUCCAUUCGACAGCUUUUCCAGCUUGUCGGAAUCCUUCGUCAAGGCACUGGUCAUGAUGAUUGGAGAGUUUAACGCUCAGGAUAUACCGUUCUACAGACACCAGUUGAGCUACCUGACGUUUCUGUUCUUUCUGUUUCUGGUUACACUGGUGAUCAUGAACCUGGCCAACGGACUGGCUGUCAGUGAUGUUACGGCACUUUCCAGCUGUACAAAGGUUCACUUCUCUGUACGAUCGAUAUGAACCUAUAAUAAUCAUAAAAACAGAUGAAGGUAACAUAAUAAAACUGCUUAAGAUAAUCAGGAAGCAAGACAAAAACCCUAAAAAACCGGAAACAAAAACAUCAAAUCGGAAAACUCCUAACGAUCAGGCACAAAGCACUAGUGAAGUUCGGGUACAAAUGUAUCCCGAAGAUCACGAGACAACUGGCGCACGAGUCACUUCAGAGCGUAAUGAAAAUCACAGCGCAAUCGACACUAAUCUUGUUUUGGAAGCUGUCGAUAUCAAUGAUCCCAAAAAAGAAGCGGUUCAUAAAAUUGUAAAUGAAGAAGAUUGUUUGCCAAUAUUUCCAGUGCUCAAUUUCUGCCACAGUGUCUACCCUGAGAUGUGCCAUGCAUUGAAAGAAAUCAUUGCCGAAAAUGUCAUCAAAGAACAAGUACCGGAGCUCAACACAGUCAAGAAGAUAAAAGUUCCUAGAAGGCAUAAUAAACCAAUUACCGCUCGUCAAAGGUGGAGUAAACUGCUGCAAGAUAUCAAAGAUGGAAAACUUAAGCGUCAGCAGGUGGCUAACAUAAGAAACGAAACAAUCAGACAACGAAAAACUGCCGGAGGAUAAGUCAUGGAACAAACCCACUUAAUGUUCUGGAAAAAUAUAUCGAAAGGCUUGUAAGCCUUUCUUAUGAAGUUAGUUUGGCGUUUUUUUAAGAAAAAUGAUAAAUUUCAUUGAUCUAUUCUCAUUUUACUUUAUCUUAUCUUUAAUAACCUAAUCUGUUGUAUUGAAAAAGUCCUAAAAGUUAAUUUUUGAAAUACAGAAUUUCUCGAAAUAAAUAUCAGAAGCAUA